AGUUCAUUCAUCGUUUUGUUACUGUUCAUUGUUUGAUUUGUCUGCAAAUUUAUUUUCUGUAGAAACUAUAAGUCGUUUGAAGUGAAUAAAAUAUUUUUUAAAAAAGAUAAAAGUGUUUCAAAGAAAAUUUUUGUAUUGAGACAUGGCGACUAAAGAACAAAUGAAAAGAAGGUAAUGUUAUACUUUUAGCAGUCUCCUCGUUUUUUUAGCUCUAGAAAAUCGAAAAAUCAUCCAAUUUCCACAAAUUUUCUUUCUAAAAUCUUGGUUUCAGUGCUUUAAAUAUUCAUGAAAAUGCGUAUAAAUGUUGAUAACUUUUUUUUAAAUGAUCAAGUGAAAUUGUUAUAUAUUUUUUCAUAAUCUACACAAAAAAAACGAAAAAAAAUAUACAAAAAUGUUGUUUUCACAAUUAAAAAUAAUAAUUUCUCUAAAAGUUCACAAUAUUAAAAAAAAAUUGUGAAAAAUUGAAAAUUUUCACAAUUUAAAAAAUGGUAUCUAACUAAGGUUAAUUGUUAACUAUUAGAGAUAAAAAUGAACAUUUUUCAAUUUUUGUUCAAAAAUGUUCGUUUUUUGUGUAGAUUAACAAAAAAAUAUAUGAACUGCGUUUGAUGCUUUGUAAAAAAGUUAUGAACGAUUAUAUGCGAAGAAGUGCGUUUUUGAUCACAUUUAAAGUCAUAAAACUAUAUGAAAUCUCCAGGUGAGAUAUUUCCCAUAUUUUUUUUUUCAUAAAUCCGCCGUAAAAACGGAGACUUAAAAAAAUUAUCGAAAUCGGAUUCGAAGUUUUCGAGUUUCUAGACUUAAAAAACGAGAGGAUCGCGAAAGUAUAAAAUUACCAAAAAGGAAAAUAGUUAUUUUGUUUACGUAUUUGUAAAUAAAUAAUUAUCCUUUUCUCUGCAUCUGUAAAACAAAUAAAUUUCCCUGUAUGCAGGAUAUUUUUAAUUGAUAUCACUAAAAUAUCUGAAAGGGAUUACAUCAAUAAUAUGUUGUUUGGCACGCUAGAGUGAAUUUAUUAUACAUUCAUAUUAUUGUUUGGCACAAGAUAAGAUUAUCAGAAUUUUUGUACCUUCCAGUUCACGGAAAAUCAAUUUAAUAUAUCACAAUCUCAACCAGUUGAACGUUAUUUUGCAAAUUAUAGUUUCAAGUUAUUCACGUCACCAUCAAGGUUAUUUAGUACAAAAUGUACAGAUUUAAAAUUUGUAUUACCAUUAAUAUAUAACUAUUUGCGAGCCUUGCGGAAACUAAAACGCGUGUCGAAAAUGUUUAUUUUAUUUUGCGAUAUCAUUAUUUUGGUGUUAGUUUUUAUUAUCUACUUGCUUAUUAAGAAAUACGAGAAUAGUAGAUAUUUAAAGAACCUUCAAGGACCCAAACCAACCUUCUUUUUAGGAAAUGGGGACCAAUUUCUAUUCAAAACAAAGGAGCAAUUGUUGGAACUUAUGAUGGAUAAUUUGAAAAUACACGGACGUCUCAUAAAAGUCUACAUCGGUCCUGUGAAGCUAGGUAUAGUUACGGCGGAUGCUACUUUCAACGAAUUCCUUUUGACUUCCACGAAAAUCAUAGAUAAAUCUCAGUAUUAUGGAUUUUUACAUGCUUGGUUAGGUACAGGAUUACUGACAAGUACAGGUAAAAAAUGGAAAAAACAUAGGCGUAUCAUAACCCCCACUUUCCAUUUUUCAAUAUUGCAUAAUUACGUAGAAGUUUUUGAAAGUGUUGGUGACGUUUUUAUAGAAAAAUUGGGAAAACACGUUGGCAGCAGUAGCUUUGAUAUAUUUCCUUUAGUUACACUAUGUACUCUCGACGUAAUAUGUGAGACUGCUAUGGGUACAAAACUUGACGCAUUAAAUAACGGAAGUUCGGAAUACGUCAAGAGCGUUAGAACAAUGUGCUCCAUAUUUAUAGAUAGAAUAUCUUCAGUUUUGCAUCCUUCUCUAUACCGUUUAACACCAAAUUACUAUAGGGAACAAAAAGCCUUGAAAGUCCUUCAUCAUCACACUGAAAGCAUCAUUGAAAAGAGAAUAGAGGAAAUGUCAAGAAAGGAUGAAUCUUCAUACGUAGACACAAAGGUUAAGAAGAAGCGAUUGGCGUUUUUGGAUCUUUUAUUAAAUAGUAGAGUGGAUGGAGAAUCUCUAUCGAGAGAGGAAAUUAGAGAAGAAGUUGAUACAUUUAUGUUCGAGGGUCACGAUACUACAGCUGCAGCAAUAAGUUUUGCUUUAUAUUGUUUGUCUACAAAUCCAGGAGUUCAGGAAAAAGCGUAUCAAGAGCAGAGAAAUAUUUUCGGUAAAAACUUGAAAAAUGCCAAACCAACCAUUCCACAAUUGCAAGACAUGAAAUAUUUGGAUAAAGUUUUAAAAGAAACAUUGAGGUUAUACCCGUCAGUGCCUAUUCUAGCAAGAAGGACUCCAUCAGAAGAAAUUAAAUUCGGUGAAUAUACACUUCCUAAAAAUAUUGAUAUUUUGAUUUCAAUAUUCGCAAUGCAUAGAGAUCCGAUAUAUUUCCCAGACCCAUUGAAAAUGGAUCCUGACAGAUUUGACGAUGAUUCGAAUAGAAGCAAUUCUUUUGUUUAUACUCCUUUUAGUGCAGGACCUCGAAAUUGUAUUGGAUCUAAUAAUGGUAUUUGUUUAACUUUAGAAAAACGUAUAGAUGAUUAGUGGAACUGGAAUGACAUUUUUACAGUCCCUAAUUUCCCUAAUCUCCAUUAUUCAUCUAUACAGAUGGAUAAUAAUAGUUUAAAGUUGGGCAUAUGUAGUAAAUAUAUAGUAUAGUAUAUAUAAUAAAUAAAAUAAAGUAAUGGAUCCCAUGGAUAAUCCCUGUAGCGUUAAUAAUAAAAAUUUGAAAUAAAAUUAUUAAAAAGUUUCAACUCCAA